AUGGCGCCUGAGCAGUUCGAUAGCCUGAAGAAGAUGGUGACAUCUGCUAGUGGUCUCCUGUGGUUAACUGCUGGCGGUGGCCUAUUAUGCAAGACUCCAACCGCAGAGCUAGUGACUGGUUUCUCAAGGACCGUCAGAGCUGAGAAUCCUAAGCUGAAGUUUGUCACCUUGUCGCUUAAAAAUAGCAGAGACGUUAAGAGCAUCUCUAAGUCCACCACUCAGCUGUUUAAUGCUAUCUUUCUUUCUAGAGAUAAGUCAGUUAUAGAUAAUCAGUUUGCAGUGGUUGAUAGAACUAUCCACAUCCCCCGUCUAGUGGAGGCAACUUAUAUAGACAAGGCUAUCAACGCCAAGACGAAGAAGCUGAGACCUAUUAAAGCAGAGUUCAGCUCCAAUUCCAGCAGAGCUCUAAAGAUAGUCGUCGGAUCGCCUGGUCUUCUUAACACGCUGCAUUUCAUUAACGAUCCGCUAUACGAGCAGCCUCUCGCGGAUGAUCAAGUCGAGUUCAAGGUGAUGGCGAGUGGUCUCAACUUCCUCGACAUCAUGGUCUCGCUCGGUCAGGUGAUUAGCAACCAGAUUGGUAUCGAGGCUUCUGGCAUCGUCACUAGGGCUGGCAAGGACUCUCCUCUCAAGCCUGGCGACAGAGUCGCAGGAAUGCUGAGAGGUUCGGUCAAGACCUACGCUAGGACCCCUUACAAGGCCCUCGCCAAGCUUCCCGAUAACCUCUCCUUCAUCAAUGCCGCCACCCUCCCCGUCGUUUUCGUCACCGCCUACUGCGUGUUGUAUGACAUCGCAAACGUUCAGCCUGGAGAGACCGUCCUCAUUCAUGCGGCAGCCGGCGGUGUUGGCCAGGCCUGCAUUCAGCUUGCCCACCUUCGCGGCGCCGAAGUCUACGCUACUGUGGGAUCCCUCGAUAAGUGCGAGCUUCUCGAGAAGGAAUACGGCAUCCCACGAGACCACAUCUUUUCCAGUCGCGACUUGACAUUUGCGCAGGGUAUUAAGCGCAUGACGAAGGGCAGAGGCGUGGACGUCGUUGUCAAUGCUCUCUCUGGCGCAGCUCUUCGUGCCUCCUGGGAUGUCAUUGCUCCCUUCGGUCGCUUUGUUGAAAUCGGGAAAGUCGAUAUUUACUCGUCUGCUCGUCUGAAUAUGGAGAAGUUCAAGAACAACGUCCGCUUCGAGUUCUUGGAUGUCAGCUACUUUGGCGAGAAUCACGAGGAUUCUUUCAACAGGGUUCUCAGGGCUAUCAUGCAGCUUGUUGCCGAGGGAAAGAUCAGCGAGCUGCGCCCCGUUACGACCUAUCCUCUGUCACGUGUUGAGGAAGCGUUCCGAUACAUGCAAAGUGGUGCCCAUUCCGGCAAGAUCGUGAUUGAACCGCACGAUGACGAUAAAGUUAUGAUUAUGACGAGCCAGAAGCCAACUUACCACUUCGAUCCCAACGCGUCUUAUGUCAUCUCCGGUGGUCUGGGUGGUCUUGGACGCAGCAUGGCCAGCUGGAUGGUCCGGCGUGGGGCCAAGAAUCUCAUCCUGCUCUCCCGUUUCGGGCCCGUUCGUGAGUCAGGUCAGAAGCUCAUUGCCGAGCUCGAGGCUCAGGGAGUCCGAGUCGCCGCUCCUUCUUGCGAUGUGACCAGUAGACAGACUCUCGAGCGCGUUCUUGAGGACUGCCAGAAUAACAUGCCUCCGAUCAAGGGAUGCAUUCAGGGCUCAAUGGUUCUCAAGGACGCCGUUUUUGCGAACAUGACCUUGGAGGACUACGACACUGCCGUUCGACCCAAGGUGCAUGCAUCUUGGAACCUACACGAGGUCUUGCCAAAGGACAUGAACUUCUUCAUCCUUCUUUCCUCUGGCUCCGGUAUCGUUGGAAAGGGAGGCCAGGCCAACUACUGCGUCGGCAACGCAUACCAGGAUGCCCUUGCCCGCUACCGCGUCAGCCAUGGCCUCAAGGCUACUGUUCUUGAUCUCGGUAUCAUCCUGUCAGUCGGCUAUGCCGCCGAGAAGAUCGAUGUCAUGGGCCACCUCCGUGCCCAGGGCUAUGCUGCCCUGAGAGAGGAAGAGUAUCACGCUCUUUUGGACGAGAUAUGCAACCCGGCCAACUCAGUUGCUCCUCUAGUCCGAUCCCAAAUCUCACUCGGCUUCGAGAUCCCCGAAAACCUCCGGUCAAAGGGCAUUGAGUUUCCUGGUUGGAUGCACGAGCCUCUAUUCAAACAUAUCCACCAGAUCCGCACGAUAGGUGGCAACACCGAGGAAAGCAAGGACUCUGUAAACCACAGCAUGUUACUUGCUGGUGCCGAGACCCUUGAGGCUGCCGAGAACGUCAUUACCAAGGCCAUCAUCCAGAAGCUCUCCAGAGCCUUGGGAAUUGACGCUGCCACCAUUGAUUCAUCGCAGCUCCUGCACGCGUAUGGUGUUGAUUCCUUGGUCGCCGUGGAGUUGAGGACUUGGUUGUCAAAAGAGAUGGGCGCUGAGGUCGCCGUGUUUGACAUGGUUGGCGACUCGACUAUCAGAUCACUGGGCACCUUUGUUGCUGCGAGAAGCACAUUGGAUCACUAUGAUAACAGCAGAGACGACGACGAGGACGACGAUAACGAGGACGAGGACAAUAAUAACGAGGACAACAACGAGGACGAUAACAAGCACGAUAACGAGGACAAGAAUAACAAUAAGGAUAAUACUAAGGAUGACAAUGAGGAUGAUAACGAGGAUAAUCACGAGGAUAAUAAAGACCUUAAUAAUUAUAACAAGAAAUAUGAAAGAAGAGAAUAG